AAUCCUGGAGCUGUCUUCCUCUGUGUCAGCUGGUUUGUGAUUGCUCAAGUGGCCUUGCUGCAGGGGGAGAGGCGGGGUCAGGAGAACCUGAAGAAAGACCUGGUGAGACGGAUCAAGAUGCUGGAGUACGCCCUCAAACAGGAGAGGGCAAAGUACCAUAAGCAAAAAUAUGGAACAGAACUGAUCCAGGGAGAGAUCAAACCUCCAAGUUAUGAUUCAGAUGAGGGGAAUGACAGCGAGGCUCCCAGUCCUCCAAACAGCAGCCAUCAGCUCAGCUGGAAACAAGGACGCCAGCUGCUCAGACAAUACCUGCAGGAGGUCGGAUACACAGACACCAUCCUGGAUGUGAAGUCUCAGAGAGUGAGAGCGCUGCUCGGUCUGACCGGAGACUCAGGAGUGAAACCUGCAGAGAAGAAACCCGAACCGAUGGUCAACGGCACAGAACCGUCCUCUCUGAAGGACAGCGGCAUGGUCAGUAAACCCGACAUGUCGGACUCGGCCACCGUUCUGGAGGCCUUUAAGUUUAUUGAGAGCGCUGCGGCAGAAUUCAGCGACGAGGACGAGGAGGAGGACAGCGAAGGAAGGGACAAGACCAUCUUAGACCUGGCUACGAUGGUGAGGAAGAAACAGUCUUCCACCCCUUCCUCCACGACCUCUGACCUCAGCGACGACCCCGACACUGAGGAGGCUCUGAAGGGUUUUGAUUUCUUGGCGAGUCCAGACGAGGUGGAUGGAUCACCUGAGUCCAGGAGUGGGGAGGACAGCGGAGACUGGGAGAAGGAAGAGCAGUCUCCUCUGGGUGAACUGGCCUGGGACGUGGACCAGGGACUGAUAGCCCAGCUCAAGGAGCAGUACAGGAAGGAACGCAAGGGCAAGAAGGGGGUAAAGAGACCAAACCGGUCUAAGCUCCAGGACAUGCUGGCUAACCUGCGGGAUGCUGAGGAGCAUCCCUCCAUGCAGCCGCCCAUGAUGCCCCCCUCCCGCCCCAGUGUCCCCAGACUCAAUGAGCAUGAAGUGGGGCGCCCCGAAGACGAGGCGAUGACUUUCCUGCCGUCGUCCGGGAAGUCGUUCAUCCUGGGCAGAGUGGACGAGGCGGUUUCUAACGAGCUCGGACUGGGAGAACUGGCCGGACUGACUGUCGCCAAUGAGGCUGACAGCCUGGCGUACGACAUCACCAAUAACAGCGACGCUCUGAGGAAGACCUGGAACCCAAAGUUCACCCUGCGGAGCCACUUUGACUCGGUCCGGAGUCUGGCCUUCCACCCGGUGGAGCCCGUCCUGGUCACCGCCUCCGAGGAUCACACGCUCAAACUGUGGAACCUGCAGAAGACGGCGCCCGCCAAGAAAUGUGCUGCUUUAGAUGUGGAGCCCAUCUACACGUUCAGAGCUCACAGCGGCGCUGUGCUGUGCGUCACCAUGAGCUCCAGCGGUGAGCAGUGCUUCAGUGGGGGGGUGGACGGUACCAUUCAGAGCUGGAACACACCCAACCCCAACAUCGACCCCUACGACUCAUACGAGCCCUCUGUCCUGCGGGGGGCGCUGUGCGGCCACACAGACUCGGUGUGGGGUCUGGUCUACAGCUCGGCCCACCGUCGCCUCCUCUCCUGCUCGGCUGACGGGACGGUCCGGCUGUGGAACGCUGCUGACGUCUCGCCGUCCCUCGCUGUUUUCAACGAGAGAGAAGAGCUGGGAGUGCCGACCUCAGUGGACCUGGUGAGGAGCGACCCGGCUCACAUGGUGACGUCUUUCACCACCGGCCACAUCGGACUCUUCAACAUGGAGACGCGGCAGCUCGUCCUGAAGCUGGAGUCUGCCGGCACGCCAGAGGCUCCCUGCAAGAUUAAUAAAGUGCUGAGUCAUCCCACGCUGCCAAUCACCAUCACAGCUCAGGAGGACCGGCACAUCCAGUUCUUCGAUAACAACACAGGAAAACUGAUCCACUCGAUGGUCGCCCACCUGGACUCUGUCACGAGUCUCGCUGUGGAUCCAAACGGACUGUACCUCAUGUCUGGAAGUCACGACUGCUCCAUCCGUCUCUGGAACAUGGAGAGCAAGACGUGCAUCCAGGAGUUCACCGCUCACCGCAAGAAGUUCGAAGAGUCGAUCCACGACGUCGCGUUCCACCCCACCAAGUGCUACAUCGGCAGCGCCGGGGCCGACGCGCUCGCCAAGGUCUUCGUAUGACCUGAAAGCGGCCUCCGGCUGACUGUCGAGCUCAGAGGGCGAGGAGCGGAGGUGGAGGAGGAGUCCGCCUUCACGUCUUGAGUCUGGAUGAGAAAGCAGAAAGGUGACAGUGACCCGGACUGCUCCUUUUAAGAGAUUUGUCAAAUAUUUGUCCCGCCCCUGCCCUGCUUUGGACUUAGGCUGGCCCGGGUCCCAAAACAAACCAACCUCUGGAUGAGACCAUGAAUGAAACAGGAAGUGGCAAAAAAUAAAAGCAGGAAAUUUCAUAACA